UAUAUGUAUACACGUACAUUGCGUCGUUCGAACGUUUGCUGGAGAAGAAAAAAAAAAGGAGAAAGAAAAGAAGAACGUUAGCUUCCCGACUAUCGUCAGGACUAGCCGGAAAUUUGAAGAAUGAGAACCAGACCAAGAAAGAAAUAUCUCAACAGGAUAACAUCAAUUUGCGAGCACCGAGAAGGAAACCGAUCGACGAUUAUCGAUCCUCGUUGUCUUGUCUUAUUCUCGCAUCACCAUUUCCCUUUCUUCUGCUUUGAGCUUUUAAACUUCGAUCAAAAAAAAAUUGAUCAGUCCGGAAUUGACGAUUGAUCUUAAAACCGCGAGUUUGCCGAGAAAUUAUUAUUAUUAUUAUUAGCAUUAUCAUCGUCAAUAUUAUUAUCAUUAUUACUAUAACUAUUAUCGUCAUCCCAAGAAUUUGCUCCUAGUCGAAUAAUUUCGUCAGGACGAAAAUUUCUUUCGACGAAAAAGAGGCGAGUACCAUUAAUACGGCGAGCACUGUAAGAAAAAAUUGUUCGGUAUACGUCCGUAGCUAUAUUUCGUUUAGGAUUCGAGCUGAGCUCGAAGUGGCUCGAGCACGUUAAGUUAGUAAAAUCCGAGUUUGAAGGAUCACAGGGAGCGUGACACGAAUUAGAACUCAUUUAGUAAAGAGUCGCUCAUUUGAAGAGGUCGUGUACGGAAAAGAAAAAAAGAAAGAGAGAGAAAGAAAGAGAGAGAGUGAGAGAGAAAAAGAGAGAGUGAGAGAGAGAGAGAGAGAGAGAGAGAGAGAAAGAAACGAAAUCGAAAAAGGGCUUUGCGGUGAUCGAAUAUCAAGAGGAGAAGUAUCGGUAAAGGACCACAACCAGGGACCUUGCGAUGUUACUGUUUUUCACUCAGAAGAAAAGAAAUUAGGGUUGGGAGUUAAAAGCGAUAUUUGCGAUGAAGGGAACAGUGAAAAAGUCGUGGAAGGAAGAAGCAUCGAAGGAGGAGGAAAGCACGUUAAAAGAGGAAGUGCUGAAACGUAUCGCGGAAAUUCGAAUCCAUUGCAGCGUAAAGGAGAGAGCAGGAAAAUAAAGGCUGGAGGUAAAAGGGAGAGAAAAAGAGAAAUAGGGAAGUGAAGGAAAGAAGAGAACGCCACUUCGCUGUUUCAAGCUUUCUGUCAAAGAAAACGGGUCGGUUCGUCGAGCUAUCCGAGAAAGCAACACUUUUUGAUCAAUAUAUAUAUAUAUAUAUAUAUAUAUAUAUAUAUAUGUAUGUAUGUAUGUAUGGAUGUAUGUAUAUAAAAAGAUAAAGAAAGAAAAAGAGAGAGAAAGAGAGAGAGAGAAAAAGAAAGGGAGGUCGGAACGAAACUAAGCUAAGGAGAAACACAUUUUCUUGGUGAAUUGGAGAGAACCAUAUGACAUUGAACGGAUGGCCCGACUUUGGAUAAAAGUUCAACAUUUCUACAAAAGUUUUAUUUGGAGGAAGAGGACGUAGUUUCGAGAAGUAAGGGUAGUGAUACAAAGAGAGGAAGGAAAGGACGGCUCCUUCUGACUCUAGAGAAGAAAGAAGAAGUAGAAGAAAAAGCAAAAGUUCCGGCGACGACGGAAAUGCCGAGGUUGCUUGCAAAUUAGACGUCCGGAGUUGAACGAAGAAUGUAGGGAUUGUGUACGAGAACCUGAAUCAUCGAGGAAGAAAGUUGAGAAAAAUAUCGUAUCUCGAGUUUUUAGAAACAAGAAAGAUUUAGUUCUGCAUAGGGCUAGUUCGAAUGGCAAUUGAUCCAAUCGGUUUGUGAUCGAGAUCGAUAGAAAAUUUGUGGCAAACGAUGGUUCAACAGUGAUGGCGCUGUUUCAACAGCAAUCGAGUUUCAUGCUUGAAGCUUUCGAGAAGCGAUCGGCAAGUUAACAACGUCGUUCUUCGUCGAACGUAUCGGCUCCGCAUAUCCGGCUUUUAGAUGAAUAAUUUUGCGGACAACUUCCGCCCUGUGAUUGGAAACUUGGAUAUAGCUAAUGUAUCCACGACCUAUAUAAGCUUCAUACAUCAGAUUUGAAGUUUCACGAACGAGCUAUCUCUCGAUCAGGAUUUAUCGAUCGAUAACAACGCUUUGUAUUUAUUUAUUAAUCAAUGGAAGAUGUUUAUAAUGAUCGACAAAUUAACAUUUUUUGAUAAAAGAUAAGAUAACGGAAGAACGUUUAAUUUUAAGAUGCGCCAGUUGAGGCGGCAUCUUGCGUGAGUUUCGAUCUAUUUUAAAAGAAAAUCGACUGCGCAAUCUUGACGGAAGAGUACGAACUAACGAAUAAACAAGAUGAUCUCUAGUUCUGAUCGUUCUUUGCCUCCGCUUAGAAUGGAAGGAAAAUGUUUCGAAAUCGAUCGAAGAAUAUAAAUUCUUAGGAAAUUCAACGAAGAUUUCAAGAUACUCGACAUGUGUCUUUGAAGUGUCUCGCCUAACAACUUUUUGAACUUUUAUUCGAUAAGUGAAUAAACGAAGGAGAUGCCUACGAGUUGUAAAACGUGGAAAGGCCUAAAAACGUUGAAAAUAACGAUAAUGACCAUUAUGAAUGUUAGAAAAGUUAAAUGUUAAUCUUAAAAGAAAGCAACGAAUACAUAAUCGAUCGAAAGAGAAUAAGCUAAUCUAAAAGAUGCGAUCUUCAUUCUAUUCGGAAAAGUAGCGCUCGAUGUUUUCUUAUUCUCGUCAAAAUGAGACGCUCUUUAUUACACACGUUGAUCCUUUUGAUGACGCUUCAGCAGUUACCGUCGAUCAGUCGAUCUCGAAUACACAGUGAAAGGGAGUCCGUUUUGAUACCAGGCGAUAUCGUUCUCGGUGGUCUGUUUCCCGUCCACGAGAAAGGUGGUUCCGCUUGCGGACCAAACGUCUACAAUCGUGGCGUUCAACGGCUCGAGGCGAUGCUCUUUGCGGUCGAUCAAAUCAACAGAGAGACCAGGAUAUUGCCGGACAUCAUGUUGGGUGUACACAUCCUGGACACUUGUGGAAGAGACACCUACGCUCUCAAUCAAAGUCUACACUUCGUUCGCGCUUCACUUUCAAAUUUGGAUAUAAGCGUGCUCGAGUGUGCAGAUCGAUCAACGCCCAGAGUAAAGAAGACAGCUAGUGCUGGACCGAUCUUUGGCGUCAUCGGUGGAUCCUACAGUUCUGUAUCGCUUCAGGUUGCCAAUCUGUUGCGCCUCUUUCACAUACCACAAAUAUCACCAGCAUCCACGGCCAAGGCUCUUAGUGACAAAACCAGGUUCGAUUAUUUUGCAAGGACAGUACCACCAGAUACAUUCCAGUCGAUUGCUUUGGUCGAUGUAGUGAAGAGCGCUAACUGGUCUUACGUAUCGACCGUCUAUUCAGAGGGUAGCUACGGCGAAUAUGGGAUCGAAGUAUUCACGCGUGAAGCAAUCGAGAGAAAUGUUUGCAUAGCAGCAGCAGUAAAGGUACCGAGUGCAGCAAACGACAAGAUCUUCGACGAUAUUAUUCAGAGAUUGAUAAAGAAGUCGAAUGCUCGAGCAGUAGUCCUCUUCACUCGAGCCGAAGAUGCGCGAGGAAUUCUCGAAGCAACGAGGAGAUCGAACCUCAGUCAACCAUUUCAGUGGUUAGCCAGCGAUGGUUGGGGCAGACAAAUAAAGCUCGUCGAAGGUUUAGAGGAAGAAGCCGAAGGAGCGAUUACCGUUGAACUUCAAUCAAAAAAUAUUCCAGAAUUCGACGAGUAUAUGGCAAACUUAACGCCAGAAAACAAUCAUAGGAAUCCUUGGUUCGCCGAAUAUUGGGAAGAAGUUUUUAGUUGUGAUUUAAAGAAAAACACUAAGUCUCAACAUCAGGCACAUACUACGAUUUCAUCAACAAAUGGUGCGAGGAAGAUUUGUAAUCCUGAAUUUAGAUUGACACCAAGCAGAGGAUACGAACAAGAAUCUAAAGUCCAAUUCGUUGUUGAUGCUGUUUAUGCGUUUGCAUUGGCUCUUCAUAAUCUUCAAAGUGAUCUCUGUGGUAAGAAAGGAGUCUGUCCUGCGAUGGCUAAUUACGAUCGCGGUGCUUUCUACAGGGAUUAUCUUUUGAACGUUUCCUUCAAAGACGCCGCAGGCAGCGAGGUGAAAUUCGACGAACACGGUGACGGUCUGGCAAGAUACGAAAUCCUGAAUUUCCGAAAGUCGAAUCUCAGCGGUACCGAUGGCUAUCAUUAUCGGGUCGUAGGCAAAUGGUACAACUCCUUGGAUAUUAAGACGGACGAGAUGGUAUGGGCACGAGGAACAAAAGACAUACCGAUCUCAGCAUGCUCUUUACCCUGCGAAUCAGGUAUGAUAAAGAAGCAACAGGGUGACACUUGUUGCUGGGUGUGCGAUCAGUGCGAAGAGUACGAGUUCGUGUACGAUGAGUAUACCUGCAUGGAUUGCGGGCCAGGCUUGUGGCCUCACGUAGACAAAAAAAGUUGCUACCAUUUACCGGUGAAGCAUAUCAAGUGGAGCAGCGCCUUUGCAAUAGCACCAGCUGUGAUUUCUUGUCUUGGGAUAGCAGCAACCUUGGCAGUAGCUUGUCUUCUCUUUCAACAUCGGGACACUCCAGUAGUUCGUGCUUCUGGACGAGAGUUGACCGUUGUUCUUUUAGCUGGCGUUUUGGUCUGCUAUUUGAACACGUUUUUAUUACUGGUAACACCAACGACAGUUACCUGUGUCCUUCAAAGAUUUGGUGUAGGCGUGAGUUUCAGCGCCGUAUACGGUGCUCUUCUUACCAAGACCAAUCGUAUCGCCAGAAUAUUCGAUGCAGCUUCGAGAUCUGCAGUGAGACCUCGAUACAUCAGUCCAACCUCACAAGUUUGCAUAGCGGCCGCCUUGAUAGCAUUCCAAAUCGUCCUGACUCUUGUAUGGAUGGUCGUCGAGCCACCGGGCACGCGAUAUUAUUAUCCCGAUCGCAAACAGGUCAUAUUGAAAUGUAACAUUCAAGAUAUGAGCUUUCUCUUCUCUCAACUAUACAACGCUAUUCUGAUCCUCGUCUCCACCGUUUAUGCCGUAAAAACACGAAAGAUACCAGAAAACUUUAACGAAAGCAAAUUCAUUGGCUUCACUAUGUACACGACCUGUAUUAUCUGGCUUGGCUUUGUACCCAUUUAUUUCGGAACUGGAAACGCUCACGAGACCCAAAUCACGACGCUCUGUGUCGCUAUUAGUCUCAGCGCAUCGGUUACCCUCGUUUGUCUGUACGCACCCAAAGUCUACAUUAUCGUCUUCCAACCGGAUAAAAAUAUACGAGGCAAAACUUUCAUCAAGAGCACUUUAAAGAAACAGGGUAGCAGCGCUGGAACCUCUUCAGUCACGAAAUAUACUGCCUGCGAAUUAGUCAGCGAAAGUAUGCCUUUGCAAAGUGCACUCACAGCGGCCGUACAAACUUCGGUGGGCGUAACAGAAAUCUCGCUUGCACCAAACUCGUCUAGCAUGACAACUAAUAACGAACAGGUGGCUCAAUUGUAAAUCGAUUCGCCAAUUACUUUUACGUACUUUGACAUAUUCGAUAAAUUUGAGACAUAUUCGACGAGUGGAUAAGUGUAAAUUACUGAAGGAAAAAAGAAAAAAUAAUGCUAUAUUCCAUCGUAAAUUAAUUUCUUCGAUUAAGAAGAAUAUGAAAAAAAACGAUGAGAGAAAGUUUACGAGACUGUGUGAAUUAGAAAAAAGAAAAUAUAAAAAUAAAAAAAGAGAUAAAAAAGACAAGAUACAAUAUCGAUCGAUGUUAUUUCAUUCGCGAAUUAUGUACAAAGUACAUAUUUCAUAAUAUACAAUAUUUCGAGAGUGUGUGUUGGAGUGCAAAUAUUAUACCUUUAUCGAGAUAAUGUUAAAACAAUAAUUUGCAUAAUCGAUUAACUUAACAGACGACGUUCGUACGAAUGCUUUGUUGUGUUUUGCGUCCUUAAUUCAUUAAUAUUAUACUUAUUAAUGUAUUACAAAACACAGUGUGUAUAUAUAUGUAUAUCAAGACCAUCGAUCAAUCAACCACGAUCAUUGUUGUCGUUAUUGUUACUGUUAAAGUUAUCCUUGGUAUAUAUAUAUCUAUAUAUAUAUAUAUAUAUAUAUAUAUAUAUAUAUGAAUAUACGUACAUAUGUAUAAAAAGAUAUAUAUAUCUAUGUAUGUAAAAAGUGUGCAUCAAACGAUCGUGUUGUAUCACAAAAAAAUUCAUAAAUAAGAUUAAUUAAUUUCGAAUAAUUCGCGAAAAAGACGAAUGAUUCCACCAAACCGAUUUAGCGGACUUUCUUUAUAAAUAUAAGUAAACGAGGAAAUAACGAACGAAACCAUCGUGUUUCGUUUCAUUCUUUACAUUGUUUUAAAGAAAUUCUAUUAAAAUGUAACAUAAAAAUACGUGCUCGAAAGUUUCGUUCGAUCGUCUAGGUGAUAAAUUCAAUCUCAAGAUACUUUUUGAAACUAUCGGAAGACAGUGAAAUUCUGAUAGGAAAGAAAAGAAUGGUGUGAAAGUUCCUUUUUAAUUAAUUCGAAUGUUAUCGAUUUUACGAUAUGUUAGCAACGUUUUAGAAAUUUAAUCUACAUUAGAUAUACAUAUUCGAAUUAAAUAUUUAUUUAUUUACUUAUUUAUACUUCUUUGUACAGUCAUUUUUAUUUAUUUAUUUAUUUAUUAUCUAUUUAGUAUUAUGAAAUAUUUGUAAUUUAUACUAUAAGAGAAAAAGAAAAAUAGAAGUUAUCGAAAAACGAGCAAUACAGAUCUCAAACGUUUUAGAUGAGAGAAAUAAAUAUUUAUUUUCGAAUGAUCUUGCAUUUGCAAGAUUUUCUCUCUCUCU